ACGUGUCUGCGGCGGCAGUGGCAUUUGAGCAAAGACGGCGAGCGAGUCGGAGAGCACGAAGACGUAGAAGGAGGACAGAGGCGAGUCAAGGUGGUAGAGGCAAGCAAGUGUGUAGCAGGCGGUGGGGACAUUGUCUACUGAGAGGCGAUAUCAUGGCGGAAGAGAAUGAGUAUGGUGUGCUCCACUUUCGUACGGGCCAAGCAACGGCAUCGUCGGUGGUCAUUCCCUCGGUCCCCGUCGGCGAACUGGGCAAAGUCGAUCUCAUUGUUCCUGAUCACAUCCAAUCGGUCACUUCCAUUCCUGAGGCCGUCAUCCUCUCCUCGUCGCUCCUCUCAGAGCCAUCUCUUCCAUCCACAGUUCUCCUUCCAUCCCUCGUCGAGUACUCGGAUCUCGCUUCGGAUCUCGCAACCGCCGCCUCACCUCCCGCAUCGGCAUCGGCAUCGGCAUCGGCAACGGCAUCGGCAUCGGCAUCGGCGUCUCGGCUCCUUUCGCCCGGCCCGCUCGCCUCGCCUGACUCGCUCCUCUCUCCUGAUCUGAUUGCCUCGUGUGAUGUGGUUGGCUGGGCAGCUCGCCGCAAGGCAGCAUCGGCGUCGGCGUCGGCGUCGCCUACGUUGGUGAUGGUCUCUGUAGAGGCGGAUCGAUCCAGGGCGAGAUCGAGGGCGAAAGUCAGGGCGAGGCAAUUUCGAUGGAAAAGGCGCUGAUGCUGGCGCGGACGCGGAGCGGAGCAGUGAUGGCUCAGUCCGGCAGCGGAGGCGAUGCCGAGGCCGCGACCGGCGGCAUGGCCCGGACCAUCCGGUGGUACCAUCUGCUCCUGCUGUGCUUCUUCUGGACGUGCGGCGGGCCGUUUGGUAUCGAGCCUGCGGUAGGCGCUGCCGGCCCGCUUGUCACCAUGCUCGGCCUCAUCUCUGUGGGCAUCUUCUGGGGCCUGCCGCAAGCGCUGAUCUCGGCCGAGCUGGCGGUGAUGAUCCCGGACAACGGCGGCAACUUCAAGUGGGUCCAGCGGGCGUUUGGCCCGGCGGCAUCGGCGCUCAACGGGUACAACAACAUGGUGAUGGCGCUUAUCUCCAACGCGCUCCUCAUCCAGCUUGUUGUCCAGUACCUGCCGACGUCGGUGGAGCUCAACUUUGCGCAGGGCGCGUGGCUCAUGGCCGGUUUUGUUGCCCUCUGCCUCGCCAUCAACCUCUACCGGCCGACGGCUGUCGCCGAGCUCAACCUCAUUAUCCUCCCACUGCUCUUUGUGCCGUUUGUAGCCAUCGCCGUCUACGCCUACCAUACCGGCGCCGGCGAGUCGAGUGGGAUCCGCAAGUCGCUGACGACGAUCCCGCCCGUGAGCGAGAUCAACUGGUCGGUCUUCCUCUCCACCAUCCUCUGGGCCGCCGACGGCUACGACUCGUCGGGCUCGGCCGCAGGCGAGAUUGUGGGCGGGAAGCGAGCCUUUCUCCUCGGCGUCAUCGGCUCCAUCCCGAUCACCCUCGUCAACUACGCCAUCCCGAUCAUGCUCUCGUACUCGAUCGCGCCGAGCCUGGCGACGUGGAACCAGGGAGGGUUUGUCAACGUCGGCUACGCCGUCUCGCGUGGCUGCGGCGUGGUCAUGGUCGUCACCUCGCUCGCCUCAGUCUUUGGCCAGCUCAACUCGGCGCUCGUGCCCAAUGCUCGAGUGGUGUGGGCGACGGCGCUGGCCGAUGAUCCGCGGCACCGGCUCCUCCCGCGCCUGCUCUCGUACUCGUACCGCUCGCGAUCAGGCGUCGUCCGCCCGCUAGUCGCCAUCAUGGCCACUGCCCUCGCCGCCCUCGUCGUCGCCCUCGCGCCCUUCCAGAUCGUCGUCGAGUCGUACCUCUACUUUCGGCUCGUCAAUCUCGGCUUUGAGUACGCGUCGCUCAUCGCGCUGCGGAUCAACGAGCCGGAGACGCCGCGCGAGAUGCGCAUUCCCGGCGGCCUCCUCGUCUGCUUUGUCUUCUGCCUCCCACUCCUUGGCGUCGCCGGUAUCCUCCUCGCCACCUCGACCACCGAGGCCAUGGCCGUCGGCAUCGGCGCCCAGUUUGUCUUUGCCGGAGCGUACGCUGUCAGAUGGCACCAAGCCCGUGCCAUGCGCUCGGCUGCCGAAGCCCGCCCGCUGUUGGGCAAGUGAAGCCAUCGUGUGUGCGGC